GUUUGCUUGGCAGCCACCCACUCGUGGUGGUGAUGUGAAGGACUAACGGCACUGGCCUAUCGGUUUUCGAAAGGAAGUUAAAAGAUGGUAGUAGUUGUAUUUUGAUGUUUCUCUAUUUCUUCUUAGCGAAGGGUUUGUUCAAACCUCGUUGCGUUUUUUAGCCUGAAUGUAACUAGGGGAAAAAACUAGCACAGGUAUCUAAUGGCAAGCUAACGGGAGCUACCACCUCUCGCCUGAGCCCCAGCUGAUAUUUGCUAGCUGUAGCAAAGACGAGCAUGAACUGGUGUUAAAGCGCAGCAGUACAAAGAUUGUAUUCUUAGGUUCUCGAAAUGCAACCAUUUAGCCGGUUAACUUGAAAAAGUGCGUAACCACCUUGAGAAGAGCUAAAUUGAUGUUUGGAUACAACGCGGUAACCACACAACUGCAGAGGAGAUGAGUCAGCUUUGGAGGCGAGACAUACGUUUGUCAGACAAGCUGGCUAAUGACUCUCCAGCAGGCCUUGCACCCCGGGUCCCUGCCACCAUGCUCCCACAGGGGUCAAACUCCUCCUGGAUACCGGAAGCGCCAGUGGUCACACUAGAGCAGCCCAUUUUCCUCAUGACCUCUACUGCCCAAACCAUAUCAGGUGUUUUUGUUUGGACAGCACUCCUGAUCACAUGUCACCAGAUCUACAUGCACCUACGUUACUACAGCUCUCCAAAUGAGCAGAGGCAUAUAGUGAGGAUUCUCUUCAUUGUUCCCAUCUAUGCCUUUGACUCUUGGCUCAGCCUUCUAUUUUUUACCAAUGAGGAGUACUAUGUGUACUUUGACACAGUUAGAGACUGCUACGAAGCCUUUGUCAUCUACAACUUCCUCAGUCUGUGUUAUGAGUAUCUGGGCGGCGAGAGUGCCAUCAUGGCUGAAAUCAGAGGAAAACCUAUUGAGUCAAGCUGUAUGUAUGGGACCUGUUGUCUGUGGGGUAAGACCUACUCCAUUGGGUUCCUCAGAUUUUGCAAACAGGCCACUCUGCAGUUCUGUGUGGUCAAACCACUAAUGGCAGUCAUCACAGUCAUUCUUCAGGCCUUUGGAAAAUACAAAGAUGGCGAUUUCAAUGUGGCCAGUGGCUACUUGUACGUGACCAUCAUCUACAACAUCUCAGUCAGCCUGUCGCUAUACGCUCUCUUCCUCUUCUACUUUGCCACAAGAGAGCUACUUGUCCCCUACAGCCCUGUCCUCAAGUUCUUUAUGGUCAAGUCCGUCAUCUUCCUGUCCUUUUGGCAGGGAUUGCUGCUGGCCAUCCUAGAGAAGUGUGGUGCCAUUCCUCAGAUAAACUCUGCUGACUUUUCUGUGGGCGAGGGAACAGUUGCUGCUGGUUACCAGAACUUCAUCAUCUGCAUUGAGAUGUUCUUCGCUGCUGUUGCUCUGCGCCAUGCUUUCACUUACAAGGUCUAUAUGGACAAAAGACUGGAUUCGUAUGGCCGCUGUGCACCAAUGAAGAGCAUCUCCAGCAGCCUGAAGGAGACCAUGAAUCCAGGAGACAUGGUGCAGGAUGCCAUCCAUAACUUCUCACCAGCUUAUCAGCAGUAUACCCAGCAGUCCACCCUGGAGCGGUGUGGAGGCCCAGCUCUCUCUCGCAGCCAUAGUAACCUCAGCACCAGAGGGGACAAUGAGAAGACCCUAUUACUCAGCUCUGAUGAUGAGUUCUGAGACUCAAACACAUCCUCUUGAGUUUCCGUUUACUCUUGUAGCCCUUAUUUCAGAAGCCAUGGCAGACAACUGAGAUGUUAUCUCUGUUUAGCUGAGAUUCCUGCCUGGUUUAUAAAAUGGUAAGAGCAUGGAAAGGAUUGAAAAGUAUAUAUAUAUAGUUCAGGAAAGAGCUGGGGUAUUUCUAUAUGUUCAUUUGAUGGUAAAGUUGUGACUUGUAUUAUUAACGUUAUAGAGCCCAUUAGAGCCUGGAAUCUGUAUUCUUAAUUUGUGUUUGAUUUGCCGUAUGGCUACAUAUAGCCACCUGAUACUGCACUUUAAACCCCACAGCUAAAGCUAGAUGACUGCUAGGUAUAUUGAACUGGAGCUACAAAGUGCCAUCUUCUGACCUGUGGUGGCUAUUAUCAUUAUUUGUCAUGUUGAGUCUUUAUUUAAAUUUUUGCCAAAACCUUGCCAAAUAGAGUAGGAAAGUGUGCUCCAAUUAAUAAUAUCCAUUGAUAGUUAUAUUGAAGUGAAUCAAGGCUUCAUGUUGAGAUAUAUUAUUUUUUUAAAUGAUGUGUGGCACUAGGUUUGUAUGAAAAAAAAUAAACUGUCAUGGCGUGACUGAAGAUGGUAGCCAGCUAAUGUCUGUGAAUCACCAACGGAUGUGGUUUAGGAGAGAUUUAGUAGGCCACGAAGACUGACAGUAGGACAACGCCCACACAGAUUACUGAAACUGCACUGCGGCCCAUCUGUGGUGUGCACUGGAUUAUAAUCCCACAAUUAAGGUCACUGCAUGCAUCACAGACCAAGCCAACCUUGGCCCCAACUUUCUAAGGCAGCAUUGAGUCAGGAGGUUAGUUAGACAGACAGACAUGUCAGAGAAUAAAGAUGACAGCAUCCAUCCUUCUUUACCACUUACACUUGUUUCUAAAAUAAAAUUCCUGCUUUUAUAAUGCAGAGAUUCUGUACAGAAAAAACGGGAAUACAUCGAGAGCCUCAUGUCAAUUAAUCCCAUGAGGCAACCCAAGAUAACCCGUAAUAUUUUUGCUGUUAUUUCAAGAGAAUAUGAAUAUGGACAUUGUUUGAGUAUACUUCUGUUAACCAGGUGAUGUUAAAUUGUGUUUUUGCACCAGCCAGUAGCCAUUGUGGUUGUGAUCGUAAAUGUUUGAUGGUUGAGCACUGCAGUAAACCCCGAAUGUUGCCUCUCACUGUUGUGUUGUGGCCAAUGCAAAUAGUGUAUCGAAUGUUGGCAAAGUGAAGAGAGCCAAAGUGUACAUCUGAAUUCCAAAAUAAUGUGGAGGCCAUGAUCACUGGGCUCAUAUGAGCAUUUUACAGCUGUGACGACUAUCCCAACUGCAUUUCUGACAUCUCAUGCCCACAAUGAUAAUGCAUCAUUUGUUAUGCAGCCUUUCACUGAAUCCUGGUGCUCUUUAAACAUCUUAAUACGAUGUAAGAGACUACUUAAAAUCCUAUAAUUCAACUCGAUUUAUAAAUUAGGACACAUUCCAGAAAGGAAAUGUUGUAAAUACAAGUUUAAGCACUGAAAAACAGAUGACUUAAAUGGCAUUGCUUCAUAUAGUGCUUUGUUUUAUAAUUUCAAUUUUUAUACAUGCCUGUUAAUGUUUGUGUUAUAUACAGUUUAUCCGUAAAUUGAUAGUGUUAUAUACUUUUAUGCUGUUGGAUUUUCUUAAGUGUUGAAAGGGAAAUAAACGUUUCGA